AUGCGGUGAAGAUGCAAGUGUUUAUCGACAGACUCACAAGAGCAUAAACGGCAAGUGAACACAGUACACAGUUCGACGACUAGGAACGGUAGACAGACAGACAAUCGUAAAAAAUGUCAAACGGAAAGUUGUGCAAUUUUGUUUAAUAUAAGAAAUAUUAAAACAGCUCCCCUGAUAAUAUCAAAAUAAUUAUUUAAUACAGCAAAACGAAUAUAGAAUUUAUAAACAACGACACUCACUGCACCAUCGAUGCCAAAAUUGUAAAAACAAAAAUAUACCUCAAUUUUAAUUUGGAGAAAGUUUUGGAUCAACCGCCAAAACGUAUCAAACGCAAAUGGAACGAAAAAUACUAUAUGCCUUUCGAGGCUGGAUAGCUUUUGUAGCUUUUAUGGAUAUGGGAACAGCAUUCCGUAGCUAUAUAGAGCGUCGUAGCUUUUUAGGUGAUCACUCUGAAACACAAUUUAUUGAAGGUGAUUAUACAAUAUCACGCAUAAUAGGCAUGUAUUGUUUGCUUAAAGCAGUAGCACUUGUGCAUUGCACUUUAUAUAUACAUUACAGACCUGUCGUGAGUAUGGGUGGUUGUGCUUUGGCUUUAACCAUGGUAUUGUAUGUCAGCGAAACUUUGUACUUCCGUUCAAGUACACUUAAUUUUUAUGUGAUCUUUCCAUGCGUUUUGAAUUCAAUUACAUUAAUUGGCUUAAUAUAUAUACCAAAACGUUUACGUCUCUGGGAACCAAAUAUGGAUCUAGAUGAUGAAAACUCUCAACUCUUAAAGCAAAUGACUGGCUUUAAACGUCGCCGAGCGAAGAAUAAACAACAAUAAGCUUCCAAUUUUACUGGAAUAGUGAUAUUUUUAAUAUAAACUCGUAUAUGCAUUAUAGACUUUUACGGCUUUCCAAAAUUUAAACUUAAUUUAUGCUCUCUAAACGUAAAUUCUUAAAUUUAUUAUUAAUGAAUUACAUAUUUUAUAGAAACUCAAGAAGUCUUUAAGAACAUUGGUCAAUUUCUGACAUAAUCAUUUAUUAUCGUUAUAU